CCAACUUAUACUGAAUAUUCUUAUGGCGAUCGUGUACCUGAUGAUGUAUCUAAUACUUUAGCUGCUGCACUUGAUGUAUACGCGUUUUUAAAAGUGUUUUUUAAAGAAUUCUCGAUAUAUGCUAAUUUGGAUUUUCAUAUUGCUG